AAAGAGUUCAUGACAUGUAAAUAUAUGUGCCUUGGCCCAAUGAAGGAUGGGAUCCAGAGAAGUGUGCCAUUGAUAGCAGCACGACACAAUACGUCAAGCUAAUGAGGAAACUUUCGCCCCCAGCGCGAACGAGGGGAAGUGCAACGACGGCGCAAAGCCCGGAUGGAGCAGCCAUUGGGGAAGUACACCAGGCUGGGCUUUAACCUAACACAAGAGGGCUCACUCUCCCUCGAAUAAAACCGUGAAAGUAAAAAGCGAGCAGGAAAAACAUUCCCUUUUCAGGAGAUCUAUUCUGUGACUCAUUGUCGUCACUUGACAACUCUCAGAAAGACUUGUAUUUUUUGGGGGGGAGACACGCAAGUUGUGGAAAGACGCACGGCGGAAAAGGAGCACCACAGCUGAGCUACUAGCACCGCGCUAAGUCACACUGCUAACCUGAGCUGUGAACUACAGCUUGGCGCCUGGCAACUUGCUUUUCGCACCACGGAGCUUGAAAUCCAGUCAGCGGGCCGGACACCGAGGGUCUGUGAAAAUCCAGGGACUUGCUUGAUGAAUUAUGUCUGCCACAAGCAUUGACCCUCAGCGAUCAAAGGGACAAGCUUCUAAAGUGCAAAAUGGUUCACUGCAUCAGAAGGAGACUGUCCACGACAAUGACUUUGAGCCAUACCUCACUGGUCAAUCAACUCAGAACAACAGCUAUCAGUCCAUAACCGACCCUUACCUGUCUAGUUACUACGCUCCCUCCAUUGGCUUUCCGUACCCCCUCAGUGAGGCUCCUUGGUCCACAGGUGGCGACCCUCCCAUUCCAUACCUCACCCCCUACGGACCCUUGAGCAAUGGAGACCAUCAUUUCAUGCCGGAAACAGUGUUUGGCCAACCAGGUGGUCUGGGAAGCAGCAUUUACCCCCACAGGUUUAAUUUUUUCCCUGAAAAUCCCGCGUUCUCCGCUUGGGGGACAAGUGGCUCCCAGGGUCAGCAGACUCAAAGCUCAGCCUACGGUAGCAGUUACAGCUACCCUCCAAGCUCCCUCGGAGGCACCCUUGUACCUGAUGGUCAGACUGGCUUUCACAGUGACACACUGAACAAAGCCCCUGGUAUGAACAGCCUGGAACAGGGCAUGGUUGGUUUGAAGAUUGGAGGGGAUGUCACCGGCCAGGCUUCCACCGUCAAAGCUGUUGGCUCAGUGAUUGGCGGAGCGGCCACAGGGAAUGGAGCCACGCCCAUUGGGAUGCCCCCACCAAAACCCACCUCUUGGGCAGCUAUUGCCAGCAAGCCCGCCAAGCCACAGCAGCUGAAAGCUAAGGUGAAGCCUGGGAUGGCCAAUCCGGGGGGAGGUCUUCCCCCGCCGCCCAUCAAACACAACAUGAACAUUGGCACCUGGGAAAAGGGACCGGUUACAAAAGUCGCCACGGCCACACUGCAGCAGCAGCCCCAGCCUCUCGGUCUGCCGCACGGCAUUUCCCAUCAAACCCCCAUGCAGCCUCCUCCACCUCAGUCUAUGGUGCAGCCUCAGAUGCAACCCAUGGCCUUACAGCACCAACCGCCCCAUCACCAGCACCACCCGCAACCCCCCCAGCCCUACCAAAAUCACAACCAGCCCCCGCAACCCCAAACCCGUUGGGUGGCCCCACGCAACCGCAACCAAGCCUACGGGCAGGGUCCCGGUCAUGAUGGCAGUGGGAUGAUGGGUAUGCUUGGUAGCGCCAACUGCGGCCCCCAAACCUGUGCCAGCCAGGGACCUGGUGGCGAGUCCCACCCAGUGCUGGAGAAGCUUCGUGCCUCCCACAGUUAUAACCCUAAGGACUUUGAAUGGAACCUGAAGAAUGGGCGUGUUUUUAUCAUUAAGAGUUACUCUGAGGAUGAUAUCCAUCGCUCCAUCAAGUACUCCAUCUGGUGCAGCACGGAGCACGGCAAUAAGCGACUGGACUCGGCCUUCCGGGCCAUGAACGGCAAAGGCCCAGUGUACCUGCUUUUCAGCGUCAACGGCAGCGGUCAUUUCUGCGGUGUGGCCGAGAUGCGGUCGCCUGUGGACUAUGGCACCAGCGCCGGCGUUUGGGCGCAGGACAAGUGGAAGGGCAAGUUUGAUGUAGACUGGUUGUUUGUUAAGGACGUGCCUAAUAGCCAGCUGCGUCACAUCCGCCUGGAGAACAACGACAACAAGCCAGUGACCAACUCCCGCGACACCCAGGAGGUUCCUCUAGAGAAGGCGAAGCAGGUGCUCAAGAUCAUUGCCAUCUACAAACACACCACGUCCAUCUUUGAUGACUUUUCUCACUAUGAGAAAAGGCAGGAGGAAGAAGAGGAGGUGCGCAAGACUUUUGAACCUCCUCAGAUACAAAGCCGCUCCCGCUUGGAUCAGGAGCGACAAAACCGGAAUAAACAAUAGAGGACGUUUAUCUUUGGCUUGAUCAAGUUACACUAGAACACGAUUGAUUUAAGAGACAGAAGAAUAUGAAAUGCAAACAAUUCUGGGAAUUCUCUGCCAUCAAAGAAUUUGUCUGUCGCCCCAUGUUCUCAUUAGCCCCCACCCAACACUUACUGUGCAGGGAUUAAGUUGAUUUAGUGUAUUAUAAAUUACCUUCACCCACCUUAUUAGUUUUUUUUUUUUUUUUUUUUUUUAAUCAUUUUACGCAUCUCCUCAUACCCUACUGUUGAGUUGUCUUGCAUCUCCUUUCCUCAACUCCAUCAGGGUUGGACUGCAUCCCUGAAAAUAAACCUGCCACUUUAUAUUUCAGUACAAUCAAGCAUCGGUCAUGUCCUUCCCCAAUAUGUUCACGCGGGGGCAGCAUUGCCAAGUUAAUGAGUUCUAACUGUGCCAACAGCGUUGGAGCAUCCUACAGGCAAUGUACUACUACGUGGAACUGCGAUACUUAAACUCCCAUGAUUUAUUUUUCUUUCAGAUUGACAAAAAUCUAUUUUUUGGCAUACUACUGACAACAUUAAUUUCGGGAACUUGCUUUCUGGAGCCUAGGGUUCCCCCCUCCCCACUAUUGAUGAACUGCUUACACAGUGACACUACUGGAGAAAUCAGGGAUGGUGUGACACCACACGAGACUUGAGACAUUUCAGAGGAGGAAUCUGGAAAAGAACUAAAAAGUCCUCCGCAAAGCAGGACCAUUGUCCUUAAACACAAAAAAACAUCAACUUACUGUAAACUCUUCACAUCUUUCAUCCCUUUGCUUUCCUUUAAUGUUCGUUUCAAAGGGGGCUCGUCUUGCUCCAGCCAAUGUGAGAGAAAUGCGGCAUCCACUUUUUUUUGUUUGUUUUUGUUUUUUUGUUAAAGCAAUCAAAAUGAUGUAGUGAUGUCAUUGCUUUGUGUUUUGCUCCACAAAAUUGGGGGUAGGGCUCACUCUGUCACCAUUUUGUCUUAAUCCUUUUUACUUUUUAUUUUCUCCCCUGAAGUUGCGUGUGCUAAGUCUCUCGAUCGUAAUGCUAAGCUUUAACGUAGGAGCCUACAGUAUAUAUUCAUGGAGAAAGCCUAAAAAUGUAUAACCGAAUAAUAACUGUAACUGAUUUACUAUUGAACAAGAAAAAAAAAAAAAGAAUGAAAAGUGGUUUAUGUGUGUUGUUGGAUGGUUUAUUUACACACAAGAUGCAUCUUAUUUAUUCUGAUGACACAUAACCUGAAUGCAAAGUCACCAAAUUUGUGUGUGUGCCCGUGCAUGUCAAUGUGGAGUCUGGUGAGUGUACCAUUCAGUAGUGUGUGCUGAUGAAGCGGAGCGGUCCCUCGCUCGCAGCUGUGAACCAUCAAACCUCAAUUGAAUUACACUUUUGUCAUGUGUGGCUUUUGACUAAUGCUCAUUUUUGAGAAUUCAUCAACUGCUCAUAAUUAGUUAGCGCCUUAAAAUACAGAAGCAGUCGUCCAUGAUGGUAUGGUCACACGUAUUCAUGCCAUGACGCCAGAGCUCAGCCAAUGUUUUGGUUUUAGAUUAACAAAAUAUUCGUCACUUUAUUCUCGUGUGACAACUUGUGACGCUGCAAUAUAUUUUUAUCUGCCUGUCAAGUCUGUUUUCCACGGGAACUGACCUCUUGACAGCAUCUCUUGUUCCCCCCCAUCAUCACAUUGAGCGAGCUUCAUAAUGAAAGCCCUUCACGUCUUUGCUUCACCAUGUAUGUUCUCUUGUGGUGGAAAAGGUGAGGGUGGCUUUUUUUCCCCCCUUAUUGGGAGGGGCAACCAGGCUAUCACUAAGGUUACUUGUGUUCUGAUAGUACAGGAUUGUGUGUUAAUGGUCAAUGGCAGCGGAGUAAGACUAGCCAUGAACAGAUGUAUUACAAAGAUUAAUGGCAUUAAAUAUGAAAAUUCUCUUCUAGACCACAGUAGUAGUGGAAAUAUUGUUCAGCAGAUGUAUGUUUUUUUUCUUGAUAGAAGAAAUCAAGCCUUAAUAAACUGUCCAUUCAGAAAUUAUCUGCU